AUGACAACAGGAGCUCUAUGCCUCUGCCUCGUCCUAGCUCUCCAGCUGAGAUGCGUCACCCCGCUCGCCAUCCCGCAGGACGGGGGGACAGCAGGGCGGAAGGACGCUUUGGAUGCGACGCAUACGGCGAAGGAGAAGCUGGGCGCGCUGGUCCACAUGAAGGAUUUACCUCGGGGUCCAGUGGUGGCUCCUCACAAGAAGGCGCCUCAGUUUAUGUUGGAUCUUUUUAACGCGGUGUCAGUCUCCGAGGGGACCCCGAAAAGCCAGAAGGAGAUUUUGGAAGGAAACAUAGUGCGGAGUUUCGAGGACAAAGGUCACGCCGGAGAGAGGUUUCACUUCUUCAAUCUGUCGUCUUUCGGCAGAGACGAGAGAAUGAUCAAAGCGGAGUUCCGCUGGUUCAGAAAGAAACAGAAGUUUUACCUCGGAAAGUCUUAUGGCCCUCAUUUCUAUAAGGUGGAUCUGUAUGAGGUGCUGGACAGCCGAGUGAAGCCAUGGAGAGGAAACCUCAUCACCUCCAGACUGGUGCCCCUUUACACACAGGGAUGGGAAGUCUUCAAUGUCACUCAAACGGUGUCAAAGUGGAUCCGCAACAGCCAGGAGAAUAAUGGCAUCCUUGUGGUGACCACACUUCCUUCUGGUAACUGGAUGGAGUCAGUGACGGACAUGAAUGCCUACCUGGUUAUAUUCUCAGACGAUGGGAGGACAGGAGCAUCAAACCAGUCAUACCUGGGACAAGCCCAACCUGCAGCAGCAGCACCUGAGCCCCACGACCACCACAACAGGAGACGGCGUUCAUCUCCAGGGUUAUUUCCCCACGGGCGCACACAGUCCUGCCAGCGCGUUCCCCUCUUCGUUGACUUUGAGGAGAUCGGCUGGUCUGGCUGGAUCAUCUCUCCCCGGGGGUACAACGCCUACCACUGCAAAGGCUCCUGCCCGUUCCCCCUGGGGGGGAACCUCAGAGCGACCAACCACGCCACGGUGCGCUCCAUCAUGCAUGCGCUCAAGCUCUCUACCGAUGAUGUAGGAGCACCCUGCUGUGUUCCUGACAAACUCCAGUCCAUAAGUUUGUUAUACUUUGAUGAUGAGGAGAACGUGGUUUUGAAGCAGUAUGAUGACAUGGUGGCAUUAAGCUGUGGCUGUCACUGACAGUCUGUGCACCUCCUGCACUUUUUAACACUGGGACUAUGAGGGAUGGGGAGAUGAUGGUUUGCUUGAGUUGAAUUAAAACACUAUUUCCGUGCAUAUGUUUAAAUAUUGUAUUAUUUUGAGAAAUAAAACAACUAUUCCUGAACUAUUAAUGAUUCUAAACCC